AGAAAAAGUCAAAGUAGCUGUGAACAGGUGCUGCGGUUUGCUUCACCGUGAACAGAGAAAGAUUGAAGAAGAAACAGAAGAAGAGAAGGUUUUAUUUUGCAUGGCAAGUCCAGGUUUAUACCGCAGAGUGCUCCCAUCUCCUUCAAUCGAGUUCGCUUCGCCGGAAGGGAAGAAGCUGUUCGGUGAAGCGCUUGAGCGAGGAACCAUGCAAGGCUUCUUCAAGCUAAUUUCAUACUACCAGACACAGUCAGAGCCUGCAUACUGUGGCCUCGCCACUCUUUCCGUUGUCCUCAAUGCCCUUGCCAUUGACCCUGGAAGGAAAUGGAAAGGUCCUUGGAGAUGGUUUGACGAGUCCAUGUUGGAUUGCUGUGAGCCUUUGGCCAAGGUUAAAUUGGAAGGCAUUACGUUCGGUAAAGUUGCAUGCUUGGCUCGAUGUAAUGGAGCUAAGGUUGAAGCCUUUCGAUCGGAUCAAAGCUCUGUUGAUGAUUUUCGCAACCGUGUGAUUUCGUGCUCUUCUUCUGAGGAUUGUCAUGUGAUUGUGUCUUACCACAGGACACCCCUCAAUCAGACUGGAAUUGGCCAUUUUUCACCAGUUGGAGGAUAUCAUGCUGAGAGAGAUAUGGUCCUUGUUUUGGAUGUCGCUCGUUUCAAGUAUCCGCCUCACUGGGUUCCCCUUACCCUUCUCUGGGAAGGCAUGAGCACCAUUGAUCAAGCAACCAGACUUCGUAGGGGGUACAUGAUUAUUUCGAGGCUUAACAGAGCACCAUCUAUACUUUAUACUGUGAGUUGUAGACAUGAAGGUUGGAGCAGUGUUGCCAAAUUUCUAACCGAAGAUGUCCCUCAACUUCUAAAGUCAGAGGAUCUAAAAGACAUUCAGGAAGUACUCUCUCUUGCUUUUAAAUCUCCUCCCAGUGAAUUGAGAGGGUUAAUAACAUGGAUUGCUGAAGUUCGCAGGCAAGAAGAUGGGAAUCUCACACUGAGUGAGGAGGAGAAAGGAAGGCUAGCUAUCAAGGCUGACAUACUGGAACAGAUUCGAACAACUGGACUCUUCAAACACGUGACAAGGUGGUUGGAUUCUGAAAGUUCAUGUUGUAAUACUUUAGCAAACCUUGGUGACAAAGAUAUGUUACCAGCACUUGCUGCCAGUGUUUGUUGCCAAGCGGCAGAUCUUUUGACUGUUUGUGGUAGGCUAGGUUUGUCAGGUGGAAAAUGCUGUAGUCAAAUAGAUGUAAAACAUCUGAAUGCUGAUAGUGAAAAUCCAGUAACAUUAGUUUCAGGAAUUGUUACAACUGGUGGUGGUAGUGAACAAGGAGUUGAUGUGUUGGUCCCUUUGUGUCAAAGGGAACCAAGUAGGUUGUGUCUUUCUAAUGAAGGUCACUGCAUUGGCAUGCACCCGUCUACUGCAGAUGUCUUAACGGUGCUUUUAUUGGCCUUGCCCUUGCAUACGUGGUCUGGCAUUAAAGAAGAAAAGCUGCGUGUGGAAGCUUUGAGCCUUCUAGCAACAGAAGAUCUCCCUCCCCUACUUCAGGAAGAGGUUUUGUUCUUGCGAGACCAACUCCAUUUUCUCAUGACGGAUAUUAGUGCUCCUUCUCCCUCAUGAUACUAUUGUCUAUCAGUUUUGACUAAUGUAACGGGUUCCUACAAUACGAUGACAUUAGACUGUUUUAGCAUCAGGUGUGUCCUUGAACUUGGAAUCAAUACAGCAUUAGCAUUGCUGUGGUGCUAUGUUGAACACGUCAAAAAACAACUACAGUUGUACCUUUGGGCAAGAAAUUUAGACAACAUAAUUGUGUAUGGAAAGAAUAACAUGCGGAUUUGCAUAAUCUGUUGAUGGAAGAUGAGGAUAAUCAUCGGAAUGUACUAAAACAAUUUGGGUCUGAUAAUUUGGACAAACAUUUAUAUAUGAAGAAAAUAAGAAAAAUGAAAUAAACUUAUUCAAAAGCUAA